CACCCCCCACCCCGUGACUCUCAUCCUUCCCUCCUCUCAAUUUCCCUUUAAUUAUUACUCCGUGUUUAUAUUUAAACCGCAAUUUAUCUCCUCAGAUAUUUUCUCUUGCCUUCUGGCUUCUCUGCAUAUUCAUCCAUGCUUCUUUGCUAAUCCUGUGUAGUAUAAGAUUACACCUCGAUGACUCCAAGGUAGAUUUUUGAGGUUUUGUAAUUAAAUUAAACCCUUAAAUCCUUUUUUUUUUUGGGGGGGAUUUUAUAAAGGCUCUGGUAUCUUCUAGUCUUUGAAAAAAAUUUCACACUUUUUUAGGGUUUAGGGUUCUUCACCUUCUUCAACGUGUAGCUCUCUGACUCCCAGUAUUUUGUUGCCAAUUGUUGUUUCUGGGCAGAGCAUCUUUUCAUAUUGGCCAAUAUGGGAAUGAGAAUUGGGUUUUAUAGCCAAAAAUGUGUGUGAAAGUGUGAAAGUCUUUUGAGUUGGAUUCAUUUUUCUGGUUUCUGGUUCCCCUGUUUUCUGGUAAUAAUGCUUUCUUCUUUGAGUGGGGGUGGGAUAGGGUAUAAAUUGGAGCUUGAGAUAAUAAGGUCUCCAUCGACAUCGUGGGCGUCGCAGUCGUCUUCUCCGUCGUCGACUCUCUCGGAGAACAGUAAUUCUCCGGUUGCAAUCUCCACCCGGAAGCCUCGGACGCCUCGGAAGCGGCCGAACCAGACCUACAAUGAAGCCGCGGCGCUUCUAUCCACGGCGUAUCCCAAGAUAUUCUCGGCGACGUUGAGAAACCCGCCUUGCAAGUUCACCGGACCUAACCAGCCAUUUUCCGCCUCCUCCGACCUUCUCCUGCCGUUCUCCGCGCUAGACGGCGGUUGCGAUGGCUUUCUCCUACAAUCGCCGGUUGAGCGGAUCCUGAACCGACGCCCUGCCGCUCCUCGCAAACUGCUCGCCGGCUGCGGGAGCCCUAGGGAAAUCGACUCCAAUUCGCUGCUGAGGUUCGAGGAUUGCGAUGAUUUCGAGGAGGAUUUUGAGUCGGAGUCGAUUUUGGAUGAGGAGAUUGAAGAGGGAGGGAUCGAUAGCAUCAUGGGGAAGCUCAGCGAGAGCAACGAUUCGGCGCCGGAGGCGGAAUGGAUGCGCGCCUGUUACGGAUUUCCGAUUGGGAUGGGAUUUAAGGCGAUAAAGCAGGCCGAUAAUGGAGAUUGGUGGAGAUUUCCGAUCGCGAGCAUUAACGUCGCCGAUAUCACCCCGAAAGCUGAGAAAUCUCCGCCGCCGGCGACGGAGAAGAAGAAGAAGAAAAAGAAAGUUGAAAAGCCGGCUGAAUUUAGGGUAAACGACAAAGACUGCUCAUCUUCUUCAGCUCAAAGUGCAUCCAAAGAGGAGGAAUCCAGCAUUCCCAAGCCGAAAUCGGCCGGUUUGCUCCUAAAAUUGAACUACGACAGCGUUUUGACGGAGUGGACGGACCGCCCGUCGCCGUUCUCCGAUGAAAGUCCGUGCUCCGACGCUGCCGGAACUGAUGUCCAAGCUAGAUUGGCACAAAUAGACUUAUUCUUAGAGAGCGGAGUGAGAGAAGCGAGUGUAUUGCGUUAUAAAGAAAAACGACGUACGCGCCUCUUCUCUAAGAAAAUUAGAUACCAAGUCAGAAAAGUCAAUGCUGAUCGACGACCUAGAAUGAAGGGGCGUUUUGUGAAAAGUCCAAAUUCUCCCGACGAUAGCGAGCAAGGAUGAUGACCAAUAAGCCAGCAGGCAUUUUUCAAUUAGAUAGGAGUUUGGUCACCACAUUCCUUGGCAUCUGUACUUUUUUGUUUAUUCUUCUCGAUUAUGCUACUAUUUUAUUUUUAUUUUUAUUUUUAUCAUUAUUUGCCUGAUUUUGUUUUUGGACAUAUAUUGAGCAAGGAAGAUAGACUGGUUGCUAAGGGAUCAAGCGGAUUAAAUGAUUAUUAAUAAUAUAUAGUCCAAAAGUCAGUUUUCCCA